ACCCACCCUUCUCUUCUUUUCCCUACUCUCAAUAAACUACUAUUUGUUUUUAUAGAUACACCAAUCUUAAGUCUUAUUUUCAGCUUACAACUCAACCAGCUACAAUCGUUUGAACAUGUCCUGCUUCAGCUAUCUGCCUUUUUUAGUUAUCAACCAAAUCUUAGAGAAGCAAGUUCGAUAUUUUCAUUUGGGAUAUUUGACUGGAGCAGCGUACGUACAAUUGACAUUGUUGACUGGUCGCAAUUUAGUUAUUGUAGUGAAUAUGAGCCUCAGUCUGAUUACGAGCAGGAUGGUAUUUGUUUUGCUGAACAGCUUGCAAAAUAUAUGCCCAAUGUAAAAGCGCUAAAGUCAUCCACAGAUGAAACAGGCCUAUUGUUUACUAUUAGCAGCAAGCUAUGUCAAUUGUAUUCACAUAACCUAAAACAAUUUAAACUUCGAAACUCAAAUUUGCUUGUGGAAUCUGUCUGCUUUACCUAACUGACAACGCUUGAUCUCUAUAUGAGCUCUGUUCAAUUUGUGCCUCAGAUUUGCAGUCAGAGCUUGCAGAGCUUGACAUUAAGAGAUAUUCCAAUGACAUUUGAAUGGAACCAACUGACAAAAACAAAGAUGGCAGACAACAUUGUAUUUUACGAUUGGUGAUGGAGAAAUUACUAACUCGACUCGGUUGGAGUUCCUAGCUCUCAAAUUUUUAAGUACUACUGUUCCAACGCUCGAUAACUU